CAAAACCCGGAAGUCAAAAUAAGAGGAACCGAAACCUGGCUGUUCCAAAGACAUUUUACACAUUCCCUCGUUCUAUCCAGAACUAGCUGCUGAUUUUUGAGCUUCUUUACUCGAUUUUGGCGCCGUGUGACACAACGACAAUGUCGGUCUCAGCGUCUCACUUCGGACCCGGGCUGAGUUCCGAAGCGGUGCGCCGGCACAACGAGACGGUGCUAGCCGACUGUGAGCCGGGCGACCUGCUAGAGUUUCCCCGCUCGUCCUACUCCCACUGGGCUGUGUAUGUCGGGGGCAGGCGCGUUAUACACCUCUCUGGGGAGAACGACGGUAUCAGCGAUGGGCUGGGCAACCCGGCUAAGGGGGCGUCUAUCUCCGGGAAGAUGUUUGAAAAGGCUCAGAUCAUGGAGGACCUGUUCUGGGACGUUGUUGGUGACAGCAUGGUGAAGAUAAACAACUACCAGGACCGGAGCAAGGCGGUGCCUUCCGGGGAUGAGAUCGUGGACAGGGCACGGUCACGACUGGGGGAGACCGGCUACAACGUGCUGUGGAAAAACUGCGAGCACUUCGCUACAUGGUGUCGAUACGGAGUGGAACAGAGUCAACAGGUGAACGACACCCUGUGGUACCUGGGGGUGGGCGCUGCAGUGACAGCAGGGACAGCCUUGCUAGUCAGCGCGAUGUUUGGCGACACUCAGAAGGAGAAGAAACAAACUUCACGGCGAUAAAGUAGUCUCCAACAGACACCAAACGCUGCCUGAAAAAUUUAGCCAAAUAGGAAAAUAAUCUAAUAGGGGAGUUUAGAAACCAUGGAUUUUCAUAUACAUUCCACACGUGUGCCUGUACUUUUUCUUGUAGAAAGAAAUUUGCACUAAAGUUUGUUUGCAAUUAUGUAACUAUGAUGCAAUUCAGCAACCACCAUGUUGCUUAUAUUAUCUUAAAGCAAAUACAUUAUGUGAAUCAUUCUAGACAUUUAUGCUUAUGAUGUUAUAAAGUCUGUUUAUUAAGUAGCAUGAUAUGAAGAUAACACAUUCCAUGUCUCUGGUAAAGCCAAUGUGGCCAGUAGAAUAUUAUUUCAAAGCUAGUGCAUUAUGUGAAUCAUUCUAGACAUUAUGCUUAUAAUGUUAUAAUGUCUGUUUAUUAAGUAGCGAUUAUUUAUGGGGAUAACACAUUCCACUUGUCUCUGGUAAAGCCAAUGUGGCCAGUAAAUUCACUUAUAUGUUGAGUGUACAUACUUCAUAGUUAACUAUACAUAUAUUUCCUACAUAAUAGACAUUUGAUGUUUGUCUUCUUCAGCUUUAUUGCAUUACUCUAGUAACGAUAUGUACAUAGCUCAUCUGAAAUGUUAAGGACUGCUAGUCUUAGAUUUGUCUCCAGUUAACAUAAGCAAGUAGAAUUUCUAUUUCUAUACUGGUUCCAUACAUGAUCUUCUUAUGAACAUUAAUAAAGCUUUAUCCCUAAAA